AUGCCUAUCACUCGGUUUCCAAUGACAAUCAUUAAAAACGAAGAGUGUCUGGAGGAUCCGAACGGGCCUUUGAGCCUCCAUCAGGCAGCCAGGGCGCACAACAAACAAAAUAUCAAACGCCAACCCAACAAUAUCCAUUCUUUGUCCGGAGAUUUCCAUCAAAAACAUCACGCGAUUCCAAGGCCUGGGACAGAAAAGGAUUUCCAUCAUCACUAUUUCCACCUCCAGUCCCCAGAACCAUCCCGCAUUUCGGUAUCGAGCCCUAUGUACCAGACCACAGGAUCCUUGUUUCUACCACCGAGCAGAAGCAGUCAACCACCACAGUAUCCGUACACUUCUCCGCCAGUGGAAAACAAGAUAUAUAAAACCGAGCCACAGGAAAGCACCGAAGGACCUCAGCUUGCACACGGUCUUGACAACUUCGUCAACAUGUAUGCCCAACAACAACAGCAUCACCAGCAGCAGCAAGGGCAGCGCCAGACCCAGCAGCCGAACGCCUCUUAUCCUGUCAACAACAUGGCCACCCCUCUGACUGUAUGGGAACAUCAAUCAAGCCCAUCGGGGACCUUUAUGAAUAACACACGGCCACCAACCGAGUCAUCCGAAAGCAUCCCCGCGGGCAAUCUUGAGCAGUUUGACAGCCCAAAUUACAAUGAUGGACCCUUUGCUCCUCCGCAAGAAGCCUGGUCGUUCACGUGGGAUAUGAAGGAAGAUCGCACAAUCGUUGAACGCAACAAGCCAAAGAGGAGGAAGCUUACUCCUUCGGAGCGGGCCCGUACCAAGGCACUCAAGCUUGCAGGAGGUGCCUGUGGCAACUGUCGGCGGAAAAAGAAGAAGUGCACACACAAAGACCUUUCUAACAUCAGCUCUCUGGGGGAAGGACAACAAACGACAGCAGACGGUGACCUUGCUCGGCGACACAACCAGCCACCAACUGUGAUAGAUAGAGACAUCCAGUCCCGCAUCUACACUUACUCGGGCCCAGGCAAUUCGGUUCUGGCCUAUAUGAGACCAGAAGAUGAUCCUGGUAUGCACACACCUUCAGCCACACCUCCCUAUGUGGAAGAGAACGACAACGUACCAGAGUAUCCUCUUGACACAGCCGGGCUUGGCCAACAGUUCGAGUAA